GGAAAAGUAGCAUUACAUAUAGGUUUUCGACUCUGGACUGAUUCCACCAAUUGAUCAGGUUGGAGUAACAUUUGUACCGCGUCUCUUUCUCUUUCUAAGGCUGCUGCUGAUCUGAAGAGGUAGUUCUGCUACAUCUUUAUGAGCUAUUUUGCCUGAUGGCUGGCUAUUCAGGAAAAGGAGCUCAGUUAAAUGGGGUGGUCUAUGUCUGUAAUUUGCCUCUUGGUACCGAUGAAGAUAUGCUAGCUGAGCACUUUGGUACAAUUGGAUUGCUUAAGAAAGAUAAGCGAACUGGUCGUCCAAAGAUCUGGUUAUACAUGGACAAGGUCACAAAUGAGCCAAAGGGGGAUGCAACAGUAACAUAUGAGGAUCCUCAUGCUGCUUUAGCUGCUGUUGAAUGGUUCAACAACAAGGAGUUUCAUGGAAGUCUGAUUGGAGUCUUUGUAGCUGAGUCGAAAACAAAAGAUGACCACUCACUUAAUGCAGGGCAUCAUGUUGAAGAGCCUGUAGUUGAUGCUGACUUUGUUGGAGUAGGUGAAAGUGGUAUGGAUAUCAAUGGAUCUGCUGGUAGAGGCCGGGGUGAUCCAUCUGGAAAGGGAUGGAAGCAAGAUGGAGACUGGACUUGUCCGAAUACAAGCUGUGGUAAUGUAAACUUUGCAUUUCGUGGAGUUUGCAACCGAUGUGGAACUGCUCGACCAGCUGGUGGGUUUGGUGGCGGUGCUGGUGCUGGUGGUCGGGGCAGGGGUCGUGGUAGUAGUGAUUCAGGAGCCCCUGGCCGUGGAGCUGGGCCAGGUGGCCCAACGGGUUUGUUUGGUCCAAAUGAUUGGCCUUGUCCCAUGUGUGGCAACAUCAAUUGGGCAAAGCGCUUGAAGUGUAAUGUAUGCAAUACGAACAAACCUGGACAAAAUGAAGGCGGUGUGAGGGGAGGGCGUGGAGGUGGAUAUAAGGAACUGGAUGAAGAAGAAAUAGAGGAAAGUCGAAGGCGUCGUAGGGGGGCUGAAGAAGAUGAUGGUGAACUAUACGACGAGUUUGGUAACCUGAAGAAGAAAUUCCGAGCUAAAACUCAACAAGCUGAAGUUGGUCAAACAGUUCCUGGAACUGGGCGUGCUGGUUGGGAGGUUGAUGAAUUAGGUGGUAAUGAGAAAGAGGUGGGAAGAGAAAGAAGCAAAGACAGCAGGGGUGGGAGAGAAAGAAAAGAAAGAGAUAACCACAGCAGUAGGAACAGGAGCAGAAGUCAGGAAAGAGUUAGUAGUAGGGAUCGCGAAAGGGAUUCCCGCGAUCGUGAUUAUGACUAUGAACAACGCGAAAGAGAUUAUGGGCGUGAUCGAGAUCGGGACAGGGAUCAGUAUAGACGACGUCACUGAUGGUUGCUGAUUUCUGUCUGUUGUUCCUUCUCUCGUUUUUUAUUAAUGUUUUUCUUCUUCUUUUUUGGAUCGGGUUGGGAAGGGGAAGAAUGGAAUUUGUUAAACCUUUUGGGGAUUCUCUUAAAUUGUUCUUGCUUGAAUUGUGGUUUGUUUUGCUAAGACUUGGUUUAGUAGUAUCACUCUUUGACUCAUCAGAAAACAGAAACUAAGAAGAAUGGAUUUUCAAGACUUGCUUUUGUUGUGGUU